GGGCGUGCGGGGAGCGCCGAGCCAUCGAGCGGAGUGACUUAGGAGAACAAGGGCCGAGCUGUCGAGAAGAUCGCUCCGCUCUCCGCUCGCUUUGACUGAAGUCGAGCUAACUUUAGCUACAUGUGCUGAGGUCGAGCCGAGGAACUGAUCUCAAACCACAACAAUGCCGACAAUAACUCUACCGCCGAAGGAAAACGCGCUCUUUAAGAGGAUCUUGCGAUGUUACGAACACAAACAGUACAGAAAUGGACUCAAGUUCUGCAAACAGAUCUUGUCCAACCCCAAGUUCGCCGAGCAUGGAGAGACCCUGGCCAUGAAAGGCCUAACCCUCAACUGUCUAGGGAAGAAGGAAGACGCGUAUGACCUGGUGAGAAGAGGGCUGCGCAACGAUCUCAAAAGCCAUGUCUGCUGGCACGUGUACGGGCUGCUGCAGCGCUCGGACAAGAAGUACGACGAGGCCAUCAAGUGCUACCGCAACGCCCUGAAGUGGGACAAGGACAACCUGCAGAUCCUGCGCGACCUCUCCCUGCUGCAGAUCCAGAUGAGGGACCUGGAGGGCUAUCGGGAGACCCGCUACCAGCUGCUCCAGCUGCGGCCGGCCCAGCGAGCCUCCUGGAUCGGCUACGCCAUCGCCUACCACCUGCUGGAGGACUACGAGAUGGCUGCCAAGAUCAUCGAGGAGUUCAGGAAAACGCAACAGACGUCUCCGGACAAAGUGGACUACGAGUACAGCGAGCUGCUGCUGUACCAGAACCAGGUGCUGCGGGAGGCGGGCCUGAACAAAGAGGCCCUGGAGCAUCUCUCCAACUACGAGAAGCAGAUCUGUGACAAGCUGGCGGUGGAGGAGACACGAGGGGAGCUGCUGUUGAGGCUGGAGCGCAUGGAGGAAGCCACAAAGGUGUACCGCCACCUGCAGGAGAGGAACCCGGAGAACUGGUGCUACUACCACGGCCUGGAGAAGUCCUUGAAAGCAGAAACGGUUGACGAGAAACGGAAAAUCUACGAGGAAGCGUGGGAGCAGUAUCCCAAAGGCCUGGUUCCCCGCAGACUACCCCUCAACUUCCUGUCUGGCGUGAAGUUCCGGGAGUGUCUGGACCGGUACCUGAGGCUGAACUUCAGUAAAGGAUGUCCGCCCGUGUUCACCACCCUCAAGUCCCUCUACCACGACAAAGAGAAGGUCGCAAUAAUUGAAGAGUUGGUGGUCGGCUAUGAAACCUCAUUAAAGGGCUGUCGAAUGUUCAACCAGAACGACGGCGGUAAGGAGGAGCCCCCCACCACCCUCCUGUGGGUGCAGUACUUCCUGGCGCAGCACUACAACAUGGUGGGCCAGCAGACACUGGCCCUGGAGUACAUCAACGCCGCCAUCGAGAGCACGCCCACGCUCAUAGAGCUGUUCGUCAUCAAGGCCAAGAUCUACAAGCACGCCGGGAACAUCAAGGAGGCCGCCCAGUGGAUGGACGAGGCCCAGGCGCUGGACACGGCCGACCGUUUCAUCAACUCCAAGUGUGCCAAGUACAUGCUGAAGGCCGGCCUGGUCAAGGAGGCCGAGGAGAUGUGCUCCAAGUUCACCCGGGAGGGUGCGUCCGCGGUGGAGAACCUGAACGAGAUGCAGUGCAUGUGGUUCCAGACGGAGUGCGCCCUGGCCUACAAGGGCAUGAACAAGUAUGGAGACGCCCUGAAGAAGUGCCACGAGAUCGAGAGGCAUUUUGUGGAGAUCACGGACGACCAGUUUGACUUCCACACAUACUGCAUGCGUAAGAUGACGCUGCGCUCGUACGUGGACCUGCUGAAGCUGGAGGACCUGCUGCGGCAGCACCCCUUCUACUACAAGGCGGCGCGCACCGCCAUCCAGAUCUACCUGGGGCUCCACGACAACCCGCUGACCGACGACAGCAAGGAGAUGCAGGCCGACACAGCCAACCUGUCGGACAAGGAGCUGAAGAAGCUGAGGAACAAGCAGCGGCGGGCCCAGAAGAAGGCCCAGCUGGAGGAGGAGAAGAAGACCGCCGAGAAGGAGAAGCAGCUGAAGAACCAGAAGAAGAAGAAGGAGGACGACGACGAGGAGAUCGGAGGGCCCAAGGAGGAGCUCAUCCCCGACAAGCUGGCCAAGGUAGAGAAUCCCCUGGAAGAGGCGGUCAAGUUCUUGACGCCACUGAAGCACCUGGUGAGGGACAAGAUCGACACGCAUCUGCUGGCUUUCGAGAUCUACUUCAGGAAAGAAAAGUACCUGCUGAUGCUCCAGUCCGUCAAGAGGGCCGUGGCCAUCGACCGGGACAACCCCUGGCUCCACCAGUGUCUGGUGCGCUUCUUCAAAGGAGUGUCGGAGAGCACUGACCUGCCUGUGGCCGUGCGCACGGUGCUGAAGCAGGAGAUCACUCGGCUGUUUGGGGACAGCAACGCCAGCAGCUUCAACCAGGAAUACCUCUCCAAGCACUCCAGAUCCAUACCCCACCGAGUGGCGGCUGCUAAGAUGAUGGUCUACAUGGACUCAUCGACUGAAACUAAAGCGAUGGAGCUGGCCACCUCCAUUGACGAGUCCCUCGUCAACAGAACCAUCGUGAUCUGCACGGACGUGCUGGAGAGCCUUGGCAACGGCGUGCUGGGCGACUGCAAGGAGCGCGCCGAGGCGUACCGCGCCGCGUGCCACAAGCUGUACCCCUACACGCUGGCCUUCAUGCCCCCCGGCUACGAGGAGAGCGCCAAGAUGGCCAACGGCGACACCAGCAUGGAGACGGAGGAGCUGACCAAUGAGAUGUGAGCGCUGGCGGCGGCGGCGGCGGCGGCGGCGGCGACGGAGGAGGAGGAGUAGGAGGAGAGGGAGGAGGAGCACGUUUUUCUUUUACAGCCUGGCACUGAGCCUUGGGGUGCACCACCCAAUGGCCGUUAAGGGGGAGAGGUGGAGGUGGAGGAGGAGGAGGAGGUGGAGGUGGAGGGAGGAGAGAAGGAGGUGGAGAAAGCUGAAGAGAUGUCGGUUUCUCUCUGGCUCGGCUGGAGAGGGUGGACCCCCGGGAACGCUUGGCUCUUUUUCACGUGGUGAAAUUCAGGACUGUGUGCGUGCGUGCGUGUGUGUGUGUGUGUGUGUGUGUGUGUUUGAACAAAAUGGGAGGGGGGGGGAGAAAGAGAGAGAUGUGACAAAACAGCUAUUUGAUUUUUUUUGUUUUUUGCUUUAUUUUUUUAUUAGUUAUUUUUAAAAAUAGCGCGUACAAACACACUGAAUAUCGGGGGAGGGGGCAGGGGGGGGUGGGGUGACAGACAGCUGACGUGACGAAUGAGGAGGAUCUCGCGGUCUUUGCCCUCGGGAGAUCCAGAACAACCAGGACUGCAGCCACUACUUCUGAGUCAGCUUUAACAACACUUCCAAACACACACAGACAGACACACACACACACACACACAGACACAGACACACGCACACAAACUCUACUGCGACCAGUGUUCCCUGCAUUUUAAAAAAAAAAAGAAAUGUUAUUUAUAAAGGAAAAGAACAAACAAUACUGUACUCUCUGGGACAAUGGAGCCCCAGGUCUCCAGGGGAGAAGACUCGUGGUUACUGAGGGUCCAAACCCCAACCAGCGCGGACACACAGCCGUAAGGAAGGGGUCUGGCGCCCCCUAGGUGUGGUGCACGGUAGCACGGACAGCCCUGCAAGUAUUCUGCCCGUCGGUGACGGUGUCCCACUGCUGACACGCGUAUGGCCGUGCCCCUCCUUCGUCACCUGCCCGCCCUUCCUUGGUCCAGGGUGAACUUGGGGAAGAAGGUCUGACUCUGUAGAUCUGUGUUUAUUUUUCACCAGAGCUAUACUCCAUGGAGCCUAGCUUCUUGUGUACCGGCACUGCACACGCGGAGAGGGGGGGGGGGGUGGGGGAGGGAGGGGGAGUGUUUCGUGCUUACUUCCACACUGUCACUGCAACCAUGUUUAUUUGGGGUUGUGUUGUUUUGUUUUUUUUGAUCUAAAAGGGUUGGAUAGAUCUGAGCAAUACUACAGACACUGUGUAGUCCAUAAUGGAAUGAAUAAACUCAUGUACUUGAUGCUUAUGAUUUCUUUAUCCGUGUAAAAUGGAUUGGACGGAAGAGUCUCUUCGGGACGAGUGGCAUUGUUCUUUUGAGUCUGUUGUACAAAGUCUAUGUUACCAAAUUUAAUUUUUAAUUGAGUGCAUGAAAACGACCUCCCAUCUCCCCAUGCCCCCCCCCUCAGAGGCCCUGUGAAAGAUGAGCCUGCACUCCAUCCCAUCUCCGACGUUCUGUUGCCCACGGUUGCAGAGGAUACGAGUCUACAAGUAGCACCAUCAACCCCCCCCCCCCCACCCCAUGUCUGUCUGUCUAGGCCCCGCCCCUCAACCUCUCCUGUUCUUUUGAGAUUUUCCCUUUUUAAUCUGUCCUUUUUAUUUUCCCUCUUAUUUUUUUUGAUUCUAAUGUGAACGGUGAAAUCUGGGAUGGCGUUGUAUGAUUUCUCUUUUUUUUUUAUAUUAAACCGGACAAAACUA